GGCGGCGGUUGCUGGCUGAGCCCGAGCGGCAGUGAAGGCUGUCGUUGCCUGGGCCGUCGCAUCCCAGAGGGAGUCGUGUCGGUACCACCCCAGCCUCCCAGCCCGCGGAUUGCCCACCGAGGCUCGUGUGUGCACCCCCCGAUCCCGCCAGCCGCUAGCCCCUGGCCUUGCGGGACGUGUCUCCGGCAUCAUGUGUGGUAUAUUUGCUUACUUAAACUACCAUGUUCCUCGAACGAGACGAGAAAUCUUGGAGACCCUAAUCAAAGGCCUUCAGAGACUGGAGUAUAGAGGAUAUGAUUCUGCUGGCGUGGGAGUUGAUGGAGGCAAUGACAAAGAUUGGGAAGCCAAUGCCUGCAAAAUCCAGCUUAUUAAGAAGAAAGGAAAAGUUAAGGCACUGGAUGAAGAAGUUCACAAGCAACAGGAUAUGGAUUUGGAUAUAGAAUUUGAUGUACAUCUUGGAAUAGCUCAUACCCGUUGGGCAACACAUGGAGAACCCAAUCCUGUCAAUAGCCACCCCCAGCGCUCUGAUAAAAAUAAUGAAUUUAUUGUUAUUCACAAUGGAAUCAUCACCAACUACAAAGACUUGAAAAAGUUUUUGGAAAGCAAAGGCUAUGACUUUGAAUCUGAAACAGACACAGAGACAAUUGCCAAGCUUGUUAAGUAUAUGUAUGACAAUCGGGAAAGUCAAGAUAUCAGCUUUACUACCUUGGUGGAGAGAGUUAUCCAACAACUGGAAGGUGCCUUUGCACUCGUAUUUAAAAGUGUUCAUUUUCCCGGGCAAGCAGUUGGUACAAGGCGAGGCAGCCCUCUGUUGAUUGGUGUACGGAGUGAACAUAAACUUUCUACUGAUCACAUUCCUAUACUCUACAGAACAGCUAGGACUCAGAUUGGAUCAAAAUUCACACGGUGGGGAUCACAGGGAGAAAGAGGCAAAGACAAGAAGGGAAGCUGUAAUCUCUCUCGUGUGGACAGCACAACUUGCCUUUUCCCGGUGGAAGAAAAAGCGGUGGAGUAUUACUUUGCUUCUGAUGCAAGUGCUGUCAUAGAACACACCAAUCGCGUCAUCUUUCUAGAAGAUGAUGAUGUUGCAGCCGUAGUGGAUGGACGUCUUUCUAUCCAUCGAAUUAAACGAACUGCAGGAGAUCACCCUGGACGAGCUGUGCAAACGCUCCAGAUGGAACUCCAGCAGAUCAUGAAGGGCAACUUCAGUUCAUUUAUGCAGAAGGAAAUAUUUGAGCAGCCAGAGUCUGUUGUGAACACAAUGAGAGGAAGAGUCAACUUUGAUGACUAUACUGUGAAUUUGGGUGGUUUGAAGGAUCACAUUAAGGAGAUCCAGAGAUGUCGGCGUUUGAUUCUUAUUGCUUGUGGAACAAGUUACCAUGCUGGUGUAGCAACACGUCAAGUUCUUGAGGAGCUGACUGAGUUGCCCGUGAUGGUGGAACUAGCCAGUGACUUCCUGGACAGAAACACACCAGUCUUUCGAGAUGAUGUUUGCUUUUUCCUUAGUCAAUCAGGUGAGACAGCAGAUACCUUGAUGGGUCUUCGGUACUGUAAGGAGAGAGGAGCUUUAACUGUGGGAAUCACAAACACAGUUGGCAGUUCUAUAUCAAGGGAGACAGAUUGUGGAGUUCACAUUAAUGCUGGUCCUGAGAUUGGUGUGGCCAGUACAAAGGCUUAUACUAGCCAGUUUGUAUCCCUUGUGAUGUUUGCCCUUAUGAUGUGUGAUGACAGGAUCUCCAUGCAAGAAAGACGCAAAGAGAUCAUGCUUGGAUUGAAACGGCUGCCUGAUUUGAUUAAGGAAGUACUGAGUAUGGAUGACGAAAUUCAGAAACUAGCAACAGAACUUUAUCAUCAGAAAUCAGUUCUGAUAAUGGGACGAGGCUAUCAUUAUGCGACUUGUCUUGAAGGGGCACUGAAAAUCAAAGAAAUUACUUACAUGCACUCUGAAGGCAUCCUUGCUGGUGAAUUGAAACACGGCCCUCUGGCUUUGGUGGAUAAGUUGAUGCCUGUGAUCAUGAUCAUCAUGAGAGAUCACACUUACGCCAAGUGUCAGAAUGCUCUUCAGCAAGUGGUUGCUCGGCAGGGGCGCCCUGUGGUAAUUUGUGAUAAGGAGGAUACUGAGACCAUUAAGAACACAAAAAGAACUAUCAAGGUGCCCCACUCGGUGGACUGCUUGCAGGGCAUUCUCAGUGUGAUCCCUUUGCAGUUGCUGGCUUUCCACCUUGCUGUGCUGAGAGGCUAUGAUGUUGAUUUCCCACGGAAUCUUGCCAAAUCUGUGACUGUAGAGUGAAGAAUAUAAAAAAAUGUAUGAAACUCUGUACGAUUAAGCAACACAAGACACCUUUUGUAUUUAAAACCUUGAUUUAAAAUAUCAUCCCUUGAAGCCUUUUUUAAGUAAAUCCUUAUUUAUAUAUCAGUUAUAAUUAUUCCACUCGAUAUGUGAUUUUUGUGAAGGUACCUCUUAUAUUUUUCCAGUAAUUUGUGGAGGACUUUGAAUAAUGGAAUCUACAUUGGAAUUUGUAUCAGAAAGAUUUUAGCCAUUAUUUUCUUUAAAGAAUGCUGGGUGUUGCAUUUCUGGACCCUCCACUUCAAUCUGAGAACACAGUAUGUUUCUAAAAUAAUUGGUACUUGUUCCACUAUACUUCAUUCAGACCAAUGAGAGUAAUGCAUUUAAUUGGAAUAUCUAAAGCCAGUGGCAGUGUAUGCUUGUAUUUGGACAGUUAGGGAAGGUUUUGUGAAGUUAUAUAAAGAGGAGAUGUGAUUUAUUUUGAAAUUUGUUUCUGUUUUGUUUUUAAAUCAAACUCUAAAACUUAAAACUGAAAAAAUUUCUUGGUAGGAUUUAUAUCUAAGUUUGGUUAGCCUUAGUUUCUCAGACUUGCUGUUUGUUACCUAUAGAUGGAGGAAAUUUAGGAAGCAAAAUAUAGUAGUGCAUUGGUGGUCUCCAAUCCUUAACAUAUUUGCACAGUUUUAUAGCACAAACUUUAAAUUUGAGCUGCUUUGGACAACUGACAAUAUGAUUUUAAAUUUGAAGAUGAGAUAUGUACAUGUUGGGUGUUCUACUUCUUUUGUUUUCAUCUCCUAAAAUUGGUUUUUAUUUCCUUGUAUCUUUAGUCUUUUAUUUUUAAAAUGACUUCUGAAUGAUAUAAUUUUAUCUUUUCUUUAAAAUCACAACACAGAGCUGCUAUUACAUUAAUAUUGAUAUA